AUGCCGAAUGCUGAGGUGGAAAAAAAUAACUAUAUAAGGAAACUUGAAAAGGAAAAUGGAAAUGGACUUUUUCAGCUUCAAAGUAUACGUUCACUAAUUAAAGAUUUAGGUGUCGGCGGCAUUAUACAAGUCUACCACAGUGGGCAAUGGGGUACAGUGUGUGAUUAUUAUGAUUACUUUGACAUGAGGGAUGCCAAGGUUGCAUGUCGACAACUCGGUUAUUCUAAAACUGUAGGAUAUUGGCAAAAUGGACGAGGAACGGGUAAAGUAUGGCUGCAGUACAUGCAAUGCACUGGAUCAGAGUCCUCACUUGGAAGCUGUACCCACAAUGGAUGGGGUAGUGUGUCAUCUAGCUGCAAUGGUCACACAUAUGAUGUUGGUGUCGUGUUGUGCCAGGGAACAGUGUGUCAUUAUGGUUAUACCUGGGAUAUCAACGAAGAAGUCAAGGUUGCUUGUCGUCAGCUUGGGUUUACCAAAGCUAUAGGACCUUUGUACUUUGGACAAGGGACGGGGAAAAUAUGGCUGAACGGCAUGGGAUGUACAGGCUCAGAGGCCUCACUUGGAAGCUGUUCUCACCGUGGAUGGGGAAGCGUUGGCUCUCACUGUAACAGUCACACGUAUGAUGUUGGUGUCGUCACAAUUUUCAAAAAGGGAGAAUCAACAAACUGCUUCACACAGUUAGAUUUUGGGGGAGAUGCUGCUUGGAAGACUCAUGAAACAGCGACGAAAGAAAUAUCCAGUACAAGGUUCAACAGGAAAAUUAAUGUGUCGGCGGCAUUAUACAAGUCUACCACAGUGGUCAAUGGGGAACAUGGUCAAUGGGGAACAGUAUGUGAAGGUUACUUUGACAUGAACGAUGCGAAGGUCGCAUGCCGACAACUUGGCUUUUCCAAAACUGUAGGAUACUGGUACUUUGGACGAGGAACCGGUAAAGUAUGGCUUAAUAACAUGCAAUGCACAGGCUCAGAGUCCUCACUUGGAAGCUGUUCACACAAUGGAUGGGGAAGCGUUGCGUCUUACUGCAACAGCCACACAUAUGAUGGUGUUAGUGUUGAUAUGUUGGGUUUGACUGUAAAAUAUAUGAAAGUAGUUGGGACUUUCACUAUGCUUGUUUUCUUUUUUUCAAGUAGUGAGGCUCUGCUGUCUAAUUUCCAAAUCAAAUUUCAAAUUGGAUAUCGAAAUAUUAAAUUUUCAGUAGGCGAGGGAACAGUAUGUCAUUAUGGUUAUACCUGGGAUAUUAACGAAGAAGUCAAGGUUGCUUGUGGUCAGUUUGGGUUUGCCAAAGCUAUAGGACCUUGGUACUUUGGACAAGGGACGGGGGAAAUAUGGCUGAAUAGCAUGGGAUGUACAGGCUCUGAAUCCUCACUUGGAAGCUGUUCCCACCGUGGAUGGGAAACGUUGACUCCAACUGCAACAGUCACACGUAUGAUGUUGGUGUUGGGUUGUGUUGUGUUUUGA